AUAGUUCAUCUGGUCUGUGUAGAAACUAAAACAUUUACUCCGUGCCUGUUAUGGAAGAAGUUUUCCCAGGCCAGAAUACCUAAACAUUUGGACCACUAUACUUUUGCUGUGGACCAUAAAAUUAAAAAGGUAGGACGGUCGUGGACCUUAAGGACAGCGGAGGUCACUAAGGCGUUAAAGAGAAGGUGAGCAAUUACGAGUUCUAGAACCGAAGGACCUUGAUCGUUCAUUGGACUUAGGGUGUGUCAAUCUUCACCUUUCAGCAAAUGAGCUUAGAGGUCGUUGUGAGGGAAGUGGUCCUUUAUUGGCCCUUCCUAGUUCCGGUCUUCCUGUACUCCGCAACCUUACUUGGCGGUUGGACGCUUUGCCGCCUUGUUGCGUAGUCUGAGGCACCGCCUUUGUGGGCUGUUCCUGGGAACAUUCCUUGCCCGUUACUUUCUGUCGUGAGGCCUCCUCUGGCACCAACAGACUUUUGACCCCUCAGCGUUAGGCGCUCCCACCUCGCCUCAGGCACGACUGGCUGCCAUCAGCCUCCACUCAGCGGCAGCCAGCUUGGUGGCCACCAUCUUGGCCGCUGUCGUCGCCACUCCGGGCCGAUUGUCUCCCAGCUGAGGUACUAACUGGUGUCAUGUCUGCCACAGGGGAUCGGGAUCUGCCCCAAGAAGGCCAAGAAGGCCUGGCAAGCCUGGCGGGAGACCAUGCUGAGGCAGCUGAAGCUGACAGUGAGGUAGGCCGCCACCUCAGCUCUGAGGGGGGCGAAGUGGCGCCUGCAGCCGGGGAGGCCGGGUUUGCAGGGCCCGAGGGAGGCCCCGGAGAAGAGGCAGAGGAGAGAGUGGAGGGGGAGCAGGAGGAGAUAGUGGCCGGAUCCGAGGAGGACUCCGACAUUGGGCCGGCUGACGAAGAAGAGUACCUGGCAGCUGCGGCGAGGGGUAUGGACGUGGUGGUGGACGCACGUCGCUUCCCCAUGGCGGGCUUCCGGUGGAUGUUCCUGGACUUGGUCCACUCACUCCUCCACCGCAUCUACUACAAUGAUCACAUCCUGGUCCGGCCCCACAGAGGCCGCAUGAUUGUGAGGCAUGAGACCCCUGCGGCCGCCAACUCGGCUGAGCUCCCAGUGCUCCAGGUGCCUGAGCUGCCCAGGGUCAGGCCCGCGUUCAACUUGGGCGAAGGCGACGUGCCCAGCCUGCCCUCGGUUGCGGCCAUUCAAGACCUCGAGGACACUGUGGUGGCCCAAGUAUCUGAGGAGGCCAAAGAUGGCGCCACGGCGGCCGCGAAGCCUGCCGAGGAGGCCACAGGGGGAGCUGUGGAGGAGGCCGCGGAGAGCGCUGCACAGGACGCUGCGGGAGAAGCUGCAGAAGGGGCCGCAGGCCCAGAGGAAGUAACUGAAUGGGAUGAAGGUGCUGUAAGUGAGGAAGAGAAAGCAGAAAAGGAAGAAAAUGAGAAGAACAUCGAAGAACAAAAAGAAGGACCUGAAAAUGACGCAGACCCAGGAGAUGGAAAAUCAAGCUGCAUAUCUCAUAGUAACAGCAUUUUCCCUAUGUGUUACAAAGAAUAGAAAGAAAAGGACAGCGAAAGAAGAAAGAACGUAUUCUUUCUAGGUUUUUCAUUUUUGAAGCCCAAGGAGACUUCAUCAACACUAAUUUCAUUCCUGUGUUCACCACCCAAAAAGUGAUUUCUAAUGAUAGCUGACUUUUCUCUUAAUGUUUUGAAGAUAUAUUUAACAGCAUUUGUUCAAGUUAAGAAUAAAAGGUUUGCUUUAAACUUAAAUAGAAAUAUAGGCAGAUUUUAUUCAAGAUAAGUAACAUUCAAAUAUGUUUACCUUUUAUUUUGAUUCACUUUAUUUGCAUUUGGAAGGGAUCAUUUUCCAUCAUUUGAUAAACUUAUUUUCUUGUAGCUCAAAUAAUGAAAAUUUCAAGUUUCAAAUAGUUUUUGUAGAGAGCUCAAACCUUUAGUUAAAGCUAUAUUGUCUACAAAUCAAUAGCCAUGUGUGGCUCCUGAGCACUUGAAAUGUUAGUUCAAUUUGAAAUGUGUUGUAAGUGUAAAACAAUGCAAAAUGCCUCAUCAAUAACUGUGUGCUGAAAUGACAAUAUACUGUUAACCAAAAUGUACUAUUAAAAUUUCUUUCAGCAGCUCCUUUUUACUUUUUCAUUGUGACUACUAGAACAUUUAAAUUACACAUUGGGGGUAAAGUUAUAUGUCUACUGGACAGUGCCGCUCUGGAGCAU